AGAAGCAGAAGCAGAUUGUACUCAGUAGCUUCACAUCCACAUCAUCCUAUUAGCACUGUCUCAACUUCCAACAGACAAAUCCCUCAGUGCAAUAUGGAAUCUUCCUCUGCACAACUAACCGAUAUUCCUUUAUCUGUGAAUCAUAUGAACAAUGGACAGCAACAAAGAACAGUACCAGGGAGUCCAAACACCACACAGAAAUCCAAAUAUCUUGCAGUCACUCAGUUUCUCCCUCAAGGUAACAUCAAUGGCGCAUUUGAACCAUCUAGUGUGGACAACCAUAAUAACUCAGUUGUUAACAAUUAUGUGGAUGGAAACCAGACCAUCAGACAAAGUGGCAUGUACUUUGGGGACGGUAAAAGGAAAGUGGACUAUGUCCUUGCCUAUCAUUACAGGCACCGUUCUUCCCAACACAAUGGCUCCCCCACAAAUCACAGACCUCCAGCAGUAAUUGUUUCCAAUGGGAAUUCAGUCACCCCAGAAGAAAUUGGAAAAACACCCCCUGAACAGCCUCUUCCAGGAGAAUUACAAAAUCAACAACAGAAAGUACAAGAACAAAACCAACAGAAGCAACAGAACAAUGAUCAUCCACAUUCUCGGAACGGAAACUCAUGCCACCCACAUGAAGUGGUUGUGGUAGAGAUGAGCCACCAAGAUGCCCUUGAAGAAGAGAAAAAAAGUCAACGAGAGGAGUUUGAGCGUAACCUCAUUGAAGCUGGACUGGAGUUGGAAAAAGACCCUGAGAGUAAGAAUCAAGGGCUGAACUUUGUAAGGAUUCACGCGCCAUGGAAUGUUCUAAGUCGUGAAGCAGAAUUCCUUAAAAUAAAGGUGCCCACAAAAAAGAUGUAUGAAGUCAAAGAACACAGUGGUAUCACAGUAAAGCUGUACGGUAUAUGGAACAAAUGUACCAAGCCUUUACAACCCAAUGUGCCACAAAUUAGUGACAAUGCAAAGAUGAAACCUUUGUCUUAUCCUUUCUCCAGAGAUAAAAUGCAUCUGUACAAUAUCAAAGACAAGGACACAUUUUUUGACAAUGCAACACGUAGUCGAAUAGUAUAUGAAAUUCUAAAGAGAACAUCUUGUACAAAGGCCAAAUACAGUAUGGGUAUUACCACAUUGAUAGCUAACCAUGUCUAUGAUUCAGCAUAUCCUCUACAUGAUGGGGACUAUGAUCACAACAAGGGUGAAAUGAAUGAGAGGAUGCUAUUACAUCGAGAAUGGGCAAGAUAUGGAGCAUUCUACAAAUAUCAGCCUAUCAAUUUAAUAAGAAAGUAUUUUGGAGAAAAAAUUGGAUUAUAUUUUGCCUGGCUUGGUCUAUAUACGUGGCUGCUCAUUCCUGCCUCUGUAGUUGGGAUAAUCGUGUUUUUGUAUGGAUGUAUGACUGUUGAGGUCGAUAUUCCUAGCAAAGAAAUGUGUAAUGAGGAACAAACCUUCACGAUGUGCCCACUGUGUGACAAGUCAUGUGACUACUGGAAUUUAAGUUCUGCCUGCGCUACUGCUCGUGCCAGUCAUUUAUUUGACAACCCGGCCACUGUCUUCUUCUCUGUCUUCAUGGCUCUUUGGGCUACUCUAUUCCUGGAGCACUGGAAACGCUUACAGAUGAGACUUAGCUACUUUUGGGAUCUUACUGGAUUGGAAGAGGAAGAAGAGCAUCCAAGGCCAGAAUAUGAAACCAAAUUGCUUUUAAUGAAGGAAAAGUGUAAAAAUUGUAAAAAUGGGAAAAAGGAGAAAUUAACAUGGAGAGAUCGAAUUCCUGCAUAUUUAGUCAAUUUUGCAGCAAUUUUAUUUAUGAUUGCCCUCACAGUUUCAGCAGUGUUUGGAGUCAUCAUCUAUCGGAUCACUGUUGCAUCAGCGUUGGCAUUUAGUGCAAAUGAAGGCACCAGAUCAAAUGUUCGUGUGACCGUGACAGCCACUGCUGUUAUUAUCAAUUUGGUUGCAAUUCUUAUACUAGAUGAAAUUUAUGGAUCUGUUGCAAAAUGGCUCACGGAAAUAGAGGUCCCCAAAACAGAGAAAACCUUUGAGGAACGGUUGAUACUCAAGGCAUUCCUUCUGAAGUUUGUGAAUUCCUAUGCCUCAAUAUUCUAUGUGGCCUUUUUCAAAGGAAGGUUUGUUGGAAGGCCUGGCAGCUAUGCGUAUAUGUUCAAUGAUUACAGAGUUGAAGAGUGUGCACCAGGUGGAUGUCUGAUGGAGCUGUGUAUCCAGCUUAGUAUCAUUAUGUUGGGAAAGCAACUGAUUCAGAACAACUUGUUUGAGAUUGGAAUACCAAAGCUUAAGAAACUGUUUCGGAAGCUAAAGGAUGAAAGGACAGAGCCUGGGGAGAACAAUCUCAGCAACUCAAAAGAACCUCAACAAUGGGUCCGGGAUUACGCUCUAGAACCAUUUACUGGGCUAACCCCAGAGUACAUGGAGAUGAUUAUCCAGUUUGGAUUUGUCACUCUGUUUGUGGCCUCCUUUCCUUUGGCUCCACUAUUUGCACUGCUCAACAACGUUAUUGAAGUAAGACUUGAUGCAAAAAAGUUUGUGGCAGAGUUAAGAAGACCGGAUGCCGUCCGAUCUAAGGAUAUAGGAAUAUGGUACAACAUUUUAAGUGGAAUUGGCAAAUUUUCUGUCAUUAUCAAUGCAUUUGUCAUAUCUGUCACAUCAGACUUCAUCCCACGCCUUGUUUAUCAGUAUAUGUACAGUCAAAAUGGAACCAUGCAUGGCUUUAUCAAUCAUACCCUCUCAUAUUUCAAUGUCAGUCACCUGAAACCAGGGACGCAACCUGAAAACUCACAGUUUGUACAAGAUGUUGUAUUCUGCAGAUAUAAGGAUUACCGAGAACCUCCUUGGUCUCCAAAUCAAUAUGACUUUUCCAAACAGUACUGGACCGUUCUAGCUGUGCGCUUGGCUUUCGUCAUUCUUUUUCAGAAUCUGGUUAUGUUCUUGAGUGCGGUGGUGGACUGGUUAAUACCUGAUAUACCAAAGGACAUAAGUGAACAAAUCAAAAGAGAGAAGAGUUUGAUCGUCAAUGUCUUUCUCAAAGAAGAACAUAAAAAACUCCAACUCAUAGAAAACUUUAUCAUGCAAGACAAACAGCGUGGCAAGACAGAAAACAAGGGCCGGCGUAGCCGAGCAGCCAGCUUCUGCCAGUUCAGCCGAAGUCAACGUGGCAGUUUUACGUCAUUCAGCUCCCACCACACGGAAGUGUGACCCUCCUUUGUGAACCUAGUAGACAUGUCAUAAAAAGAAUCAAAAUGCAUGUACGAUUAAAGCAUAUGAUGUUGAAAUUGGAGAUGGAAGAACAUGUGGAAUGAAGGAGUGGGGAGAAAGAGAAAACAACCCUUAAUUUUCUCGUAAAUGUCUCCAAACGAUCUUAAGCAGGCUUUGUAAUAUUUAAAGAACCGUCUGGUGCAACAUAAGGCACAGACAAGCUUCAGUACAAGGGAGUACUAUAGAUCUCCAGCAGCUCAUUUACUGUAAUGUGUGUCUACCACAGAGCUGAAUCCAAUGCAUGGAGUAGGGAGCAAAGUAAGACCACAUUUUUAUUUUUAACGAUAGGACUAGCCAAGCUCAUUACUUUUUUUAAUGAGUGGACUUCUUUAAAAUGUGUGAGACCAUUUCCUAUAUGAUGCACGUUAAUGACAAUCUUGCUGCUGUGCUUUUAAAGAUGAUAUGAUGUAAGCAUUUCUAUACUCGAAAUAUAGGAUCGAUUCACACGAUAUUAACUAGACCGCACGCAAGUGGCACUCAGAGGCUAUUUCUAUGUAAAUGGAACUAACCGUUAAGAAAGACGUACCUUUAAGGGGGAAAAAAAAAGCUGCUGUCCAAUUAAAAAAGGGAAUGUAUAGCUUUAAAUGUAUCAGGUUCAUUUCGCUUUAUUAUACAGAUGAUGACACAGAAAGUUAGCCCUAUGUGAUCAUGUGUGGUCCAUUGGCUGCUCUUUUAUGAAUGCCUAGUCAGAAAUCAAAAAUCCCCAUCUCAGGGCUCAUUUUAUAUUGUUUGUUCUUAAAGACAGUGUAUCCAUAACACUUUUGAUAUCUGAACAAAACUAAAUUCAUUUACUUACAUCCCACAUCAAAUUUUAAAUGGCAUUUCACAGGUUUAUGGGAUCCAUGAA